AUGGCCGUGCGUCGCGUUUUUCUGCUGGUGCUCUCUGUGCUCAUUGCUGCCGCGCAUGUGGUCCCCGCGACGGCGGAAUUCAAACCCAGUCUCGCCACGCUCGCCGCACGUCUCGAUGACGAUGGCCUGCUCGCUGCAAUGGGGGACGUGCGCGGGAAGGCAAAUGCGAUCAUAAGGGGCCGCGCUCUGGCGGAGGAGGACGAGGAGUCGCUGCCUGCGCGGGACGGCGUCUUUGCGGCGGACGACCUGCCCUCCCCGGAGGUAGCGACUGCUCCCAUGGCGGUGGAGGGGAUCCGACGGAUGCUCCGACGGAGGGGGUUCAGUCCGCGGACGGUGAAAGCCAUGGGUGAGGUGGCAGUAGAGCUUGGGAAAUAUACGAAGCAGGAGGUGACUAGAAUUACGAAAGACAAACACAAGCAAGCGGAAAUCCUGGAGCAACGAAGCAAGCAAACUUGGGAGGAUACCAAGAAGGCAGCGAACGCUGUGAAGGACUUCUUUGGUAAACUCGGACACAAAUAG